GGCUGGCGCUUUGAAAGAGAGGCGGAGGAGGGAGCGGGAUUUCCCCGCCCCCGAUCCCCACGGCCCAAUCCCUUCGGCUUCUCCUUUUCUCCACCGGCCGCCCGGCCCCUAACCUGCUCGAACCCAUUAUGCGGUAGAGGCGGCCGGUCUCUUUAAGGCCCUGCCGCGCCUGCGCCUUGGGCUUUCCUGACGCGGCGGGCGGGACCCUGGAGGAGCCGGCGGGCGGGCAGGGUAGGGGUCGGGUAGUAGUUAAAGCAGUCCCGGCGCCCGGAGGCGUGCGUGAGGGUCGGUGGCGACUCUGAGCUCUCGAGUGAGCGCGGUGCUCCGGAGCGGGCGGAGAGGACGGCCCGCGGAGCCGGAGCGGGGCCGAGGCGCUGAGACGCGGCGGCGAGGCUGCCGGCUGCAUGGGAAGUUAAUGUUUACGGCGGAGUCCACCCAACGUUUCCAAGUUGACUAUCAAGUUUUUCAUGGGCUCAGAAUUUCCAGAACUUUGAAGAAUGAAGAGAAGUAACAAUGUAUACAGGAAGCUAUGAGAGGAGAUAUCUCACCAAAAUGAAAGAAUGUAUCAAGAAAAAGGAAGAAAGACAAGGGGUUUUGGAAACAUUAUCCAGUCCAAAGAGGGAUGAAGGAAAUACCUGGAUCACAGUGAAGGGAGAUCCCCAGUGACAGCCAAGCUCCAGGAAUAGAAGGCAACCAGUCCAGAGUAGAGAAGGUGGCGACAGACAAGGUUGCAGAAAAGCUGAGUUCUACUCUCUCAUGGGUGAAGAACACAGUAUCACAUACAGUCAGUCAGAUGGCCAGUCAGGUGGCAAGUCCAUCUGCCUCAUUACACACUACAUCCUCCUCUACCACACUAUCUACGCCAGCCCUUUCACCAACUUCCCCUUCACAGUUGAGUCCAGACGACUUAGAACUCCUGGCUAAACUGGAGGAACAAAAUAGAUUAUUAGAGACGGAUAGUAAGUCUUUAAGAUCUGUAAAUGGGUCAAGAAGAAACAGUGGCUCCUCCCUUGUAUCAAGUUCAUCAGCCUCUAGCAACCUCAGCCACCUUGAAGAAGAUUCUUGGAUUCUUUGGGGAAGAAUUGUUAAUGAAUGGGAAGAUGUACGCAAAAAGAAGGAAAAGCAAGUUAAGGAGCUUGUUCGUAAAGGGAUACCCCACCACUUUAGAGCAAUAGUUUGGCAACUUUUAUGCAGUGCACAAAAUAUGCCAAUUAAGGAUCAGUAUUCAGAACUCCUAAAAAUGACCUCACCAUGUGAAAAAUUGAUCAGAAGGGACAUUGCUAGAACUUAUCCUGAACACAACUUUUUUAAGGAAAAAGAUAGCCUUGGACAGGAGGUUUUAUUUAAUGUAAUGAAGGCCUAUUCUUUAGUGGAUCGUGAGGUUGGUUACUGUCAAGGAAGUGCUUUUAUAGUUGGAUUGUUGCUUAUGCAGAUGCCAGAAGAGGAAGCUUUCUGUGUAUUUGUUAAAUUAAUGCAAGAUUAUAGACUUCGUGAACUUUUUAAACCAAGUAUGGCAGAAUUGGGGCUUUGUAUGUACCAGUUUGAAUGUAUGAUACAGGAGCAUCUUUCAGAGCUCUUUGUGCAUUUUCAGUCUCAGAGUUUUCAUACCUCAAUGUAUGCAUCAUCCUGGUUUCUAACAAUCUUUCUUACGACUUUUCCAUUACCAAUUGCAACAAGGAUAUUUGAUAUCUUUAUGUCUGAGGGUUUAGAAAUAGUGUUUCGAGUAGGAUUAGCACUUCUUCAGAUGAAUCAGGCAGAACUGAUGCAACUUGACAUGGAAGGGAUGUUACAGCACUUUCAGAAGGUCAUUCCACAUCAGUUUGAUGGUGGUCCAGACAAAUUAAUCCAGGCAGCUUACCAAGUCAAAUAUAACUCAAAAAAAAUGAAAAAGCUUGAAAAGGAAUACACUACAAUAAAAACUAAAGAAAUGGAAGAGCAAGUUGAAAUUAAAAGGUUACGCACAGAAAAUAGACUUUUAAAACAGCGCAUUGAAACAUUAGAAAAAGAAAGUGCUUCCUUGGCAGAUAGAUUGAUACAGGGACAAGUGACAAGAGCCCAGGAGGCUGAGGAAAACUACCUCAUAAAACGGGAGUUGGUCACCAUCAAACAGCAGAGUGAUGAGGCCAGUGCUAAACUGGAGCAAGCUGAAAAUACCAUCAGGAAGCUCCAGCACCAACAACAAUGGCAUAAAUGCAAUUCCAACUACAAUGAAGAUUUUGUGCUGCAACUGGAGAAGGAAUUGGUCCAAGCCCGUCUGAGUGAAGCUGAGUCUCAGUGUGCACUAAAGGAGAUGCAGGAUAAAGUCCUGGAUAUAGAGAAGAGAAACAACUCCUUUCCUGAUGAGAAUAACAUUGCAAGACUUCAGGAAGAGCUCAUUGCUGUGAAACUGAGAGAAGCAGAAGCUAUUAUGGGAUUGAAAGAACUUAGACAACAAGUCAAGGAUUUAGAGGAACACUGGCAGCGCCACUUAGCUCGUACUACUGGGAGGUGGAAAGACCCACCUAAGAAAAAUGCUGUGAAUGAGUUACAGGAUGAACUGAUGACCAUUCGACUUAGAGAAGCUGAAACUCAGGCAGAAAUAAGAGAAAUAAAACAAAGGAUGAUGGAAAUGGAAACACAGAAUCAGAUCAACAGUAACCAUCUUCGAAGAGCGGAACAAGAGGUGAUUAGUCUGCAUGAGAAAGUGCAGUAUCUUUCGGCACAGAACAAAGGACUACUUACUCAAUUAAGUGAAGCAAAGCGCAAACAAGCAGAGAUUGAAUGCAAGAACAAGGAAGAAGUGAUGGCUGUGAGACUCCGGGAAGCAGAUAGCAUAGCUGCUGUGGCUGAAUUACAGCAGCACAUUGCUGAGCUGGAAAUCCAGAAAGAAGAAGGAAAGCUUCAAGGACAGCUUAACAAGUCUGAUUCUAACCAGUAUAUUAGGGAACUGAAAGAUCAGAUAGCAGAGCUGAAUCAUGAGCUCAGGUGCCUAAAAGGCCAGAGGGUCUUCUCAGGCCAGCCUCCUUUUGAUGGAAUCCACAUUGUCAACCAUUUAAUAGGAGAUGAUGAAUCAUUCCAUUCCUCUGAUGAAGAUUUUAUGGAUGAUUCCUUACGGGAAAGUGGCGUUGGUUUUCCUUUGCACAGAAAGUCUGGCCCGAUGUCUUUGGACCCCGCUGUGGCAGAUGGUAGUGAAAGCGAAACAGAAGACAGUGUGUUGGAGACCAGAGACAGCAACCGAGUGGCUCGAAAGGAGCAGCCCCCAAGAAGAGAGUCAUACUCAACCACUGUCUGACCAUCACUGUGACCUAGACUGUGGGGUUUUUUAAGGGAUCAGUUAUUAUAUGAUUAAGGGUUUUGGGAACAUACUUGUUUCAUAUGUACAUACGUAUAUACAUAUAUACAUACAUAUAUAUAUGUAUAUAUAUAUAUAUAUAUAUUUUACAGUCUUAUCUGCUUUUUUAUCUUUGCCAAAUCUUCACCACUGACUACCAUUGCCAUAAAAUAGACUGGUAUAUAUGGUUAAUGGGAAAAAUAAGGUUCUAACAGUAUUACUGAAUAUUAAUGUUUCUUAUUUAGAAAAUGCAAUUUAUAUGUGGGAAGCAUUUUGAAGUUCAGGACUAUGGAAAAUUGAAUUUUCUUCAGACAAAACUGCUCUAGUGCAAUAUUUCAUGCUCAUUUAACAAAUUGCAUAUUUAUCAAUUUGUUUUCAAGCCAGGUGUCUACAAACAUUUGACCAGGAUAUACAUCCAAUUUAUCUUGGGUUUUUGUGUUGGGGAGUGUUUCUGGGUUUUUUUGUUUUGUUUUGUUUUGUUUUUCAGUUAAAAUUACUGCUUUAGUAGUAGGCCACUGAAAGCUCCCAAACACAAAGCUUUUUUUCCCCCAUAUAAUUUUACAAACACAAAUGAACAUUCAUCUGUCUUGAGAGGUUUAAGUUGUGUUUUAAUUUCUAGUUUUGAUGUGCAUAUGAUGGUUCCAUGUAUUGCCUACUAGUCAGAGUAGUAGGUUAACUACAAAUAAAUUGGGGGUUUUGUACAUAUUUAUAAAUCUACAUCACCCACAUUGAAAAUCAUUUUAUAUGGAGAAUGUACAUGUUGCAAAUGACUGCCUUCAGCGUUCUAACAGGACUUCUGUAAAUACUAGGUUAAAAGAAAAUUGAAAAUAAAACCAGACACUAAUAUUUUAAUAGCUUUAGUAUUUUGCUUGGCAUUCAACACUAGCAGAUUCAUAAGUGAACUAAUACUUGUUCAAAACACUAUUGGUGACAUAUUUUGCUUCAUGUGUAUAUAACAAUAAAUUUUUCAUGAUUAAAGAGGUUAUAGCACAUAUUACUUAGUGCUAAUAUCUACUUAAUGUAAUUUAAGCAAUGGACUGAGGUACAAGAUACACAAAAACUGUAUCUGCGAAUAAUCUAUGAACAUUAUCUUCAGCUUCUCUAGUUAAUCCAUAGAUAAAGCCAUAAGAAUUCUUUCCUACCAGUUCUUCCUUUUUCUCAUCCAGACUUUUUUCCCUGGAAACCUGAAUGCCUGUCAUUGAUAAAUUGGUGGAAACACCAAAUUACACUGAGAAUACAUAAAGACAACAAACAUGUGUUGACUGGAUCCUUUCCACUUCCAUUUUCAUCAGCAGCCUGUGGAAAAAGUAGCCUUCAAGGAUAAGAGGAAAGUAGAAUUCAGUAUAUAUGGAGGUAAAAUUUUUCACAAUAUGUUGCAUGCAGAAAAAAAAUUUACAUGACAGAGUGGAGUAGAAGAGACAAAAUCAUUUUUUUUCUAAAGCCCAAAGUCAGGCUUUAUGGUACGUGAUAGAUUAGGCUUUUCCAACCCUUUGUAGCUAUUUGCUUGAGAAACAAGAUUGACCAGAUGCCUGUUGUGUCCAUAUCACCAGGUCAAAUUGUAGUGGUUAAGUAAUUUACCUGUGGUUACAAGUUUAGUAAGUAGCAGAGCCAAAAUUUUACUCAAGAUCUCUCCGACACCAAGCUGAAAUGUUCAGCUAAUGAAUUUCUCAGUUCUCUACUUUUCUUCAAUUAAUGUGAUUUCAAUGUGUUUCCUGAAUAUAUAUAGAUCAGUAUCUGUGUAUAGAUGUAUCAACACUCAUAAACUCUGCGCAGCUCUACUGGUAUCGUCUACUAGAAUUGUCUGGUGCUUUUAGAAUUCUCUUUUGGGGUUCAUUACUGUCAGCCUAUGGGCUGUUGAUGCCCAGGUAAAAUGAGAUGAGUCAUGGCCACAUUGCUUUCACCCCCACAGUAAGAAAUCUAGUGAUCUAGACCAAGGGUCAGCAACUUCAGGCCAUGAGGCUAUUCUAGCCAGCUUCUUGUUUUUACAUGACCCACAAGCUAAGAGUAGUUUUUAAUAUUUAUAGAUAGUUCUGUGGGGGGAAUCAAAAUAGCAUUUUGUAUCACAUGAAAAUCAUAUGAAAUUCAGUAUUGAUCAAUAAAAUGUUCUUGGAGCUUACCCAUGCUUAUCCAUAUACAUAUUGUCUGUGGCUGCUUUCAUGUACCAUGGCAGAGUGGAGUAGUUACAACAGAGACCGGAGGGCACAAACAGCCCCGAAUAUCUACUGUCUGGCACUUUAGAGAAAAAGUCUGCAGACCCUCUAAAAUGCAGGUUUGCAUCUUAAGUUUGUCUCAGUAGAAGAUCAAACUGUUUGCUUUUGGUGUUGAACUAAUGGUUUUGAAGACUAAAAUUUGCUAGUGGAUCUUAAACUCGUAACUAUUCUAAAUGGGUAAUGUUCCAGCUGUUUUAUAUCAUGAAGUCUUUGAUGCCAAAGACAAGUUCGGAAGGACAUCUCUACCUUUGGAAAUGGAGAAAGAAAGGGAAGAAUUCCAGAAUGCCAGCACUGCUCUCUCAAGCAGGCACGUUGGCCUUUAGAGUAUGCGUCAAUGAGCCGAUGUUAUAAUUUGACUUAAAAUAAGAACAUCUUUCUAGAAUCAUGUUUGAAUUCUAAAUCUGAAAGAUAUUCUUAGAGAAUUUCCUAAGUACUGUUUUUUGGUUAGGAAUUAGGUGUUAAAAGAAUCAUGGUAAGUGAACCGUAACCCAUUGAUGUUCUUGUAAUUUGAGAAAUGGGAAAACUAGAAACAACAAUCAUCUCAUUCAAGAGCUUUGAUUCAAAUACUCCUUAGAAGGGUUUAGAAUCUUCCUGGUUUUUAGUAUGCAACAGGAUACUAAGCUUUGAUUUGACAUUCAAAUUAAGAUUUACAAGGUAUUGGAAAAUGUCCUCUUGAUAGAUUUUAUUUAAUCUCUGACACAAUUACUUUGUAUCAUUUAAAUGUUAUUCAGUUAAACACUUAGAGCUGGAGAAUAUUCAGGGAGGAAUAAGUGAAUAAAUAACAAACACACACACACAAAAGUACUCUCAGGAUAGUUACUUGCUGGUGGUGUUGCCAUCUAGGUUGAAAAGCUAAAAGUAGAAGUUACAGGGUGAUCUGAAUAAAAUGGAAAUCACAUUGACGUGAUGAAACAGAACUUUUAGAUCAAACCAAUAUUUCAACAGCCUUUUAAGAAUCAAUGGUAAAAUAUUUUUUUUCUCUCUGAAAAAAGCGGUUAAAGAUACACAUUACACAAUCUCUGCCCUUUCUGUUGAUAGAUAUUAGGUACUCAGUGUUUGAUGAGUAAUUGAGAUGUCAAGGCUCACCUAAGAUAUACAAAAACAAAAACAAAAACUUAGCUCUGAGCGUGCAGCCUGUUACUCUCCGGAUAGUGCCUUUGAAAACAAGGUCUAGACCUUUUUAAGUAUUUUAUUUCUAACAUCAUAAAAAAUGAAUUGGUUCCAUAUUCUCCUUUAUCUUUUAUAUAGUACACUAUCAUUUUCAGAUUUAAAGUAAAAUAAAUAUAUGAAUUGCAUUUCAGUAAAGUCCUUUCAUGGCCAGCUUAUUUAUCAUGUAGUGCAAGACGUCAGCAGCUAAUGUUUUAUGAAAUCAGUGAUUUACUUUAUUAAAACAGUGUGCUUUAGCCUGAAGGUUAUUGCUGCUUCAUCAUUAAAAAAACAGUUUUUUAAACUAAUUAAUUUUACUUUAAUUCAUUCUCCUGAAAUUAAAAUUACUGGUUAAAAUUGGAGUGGAUGCUAUUUAUAAUCCAACUUUUACAGCACAUCCAUUGAUCUGCCUAUCUUGUCUUUUCACUCCAAAGAAAAGAUGAUAGAAUACUAAGGUACACUAUAGAGAUGCAAGAUUAUAAUGUUUUUCAUUUUAUUGUUGGAAUUUCUUUUUGUAACAUUGUAUGGUAACCUGAAAUGUUUACUUGUGCCUUUGCUUUAAACAAUUAUUAAAGUUUUUCAUUUUAUAAGAA